AUGGAAUUGCCUAGUGUACCCCCUGUGGCCUCCACAAUUGCCGACCCCAAAUGCAGCCGAUGUUCUCGUUUGCCUGCUACUCAGGGUCGCAAGACUUGUGAGCCUUGUCGCAUAAAACACAACGAAGCCUUUCGCCGAUGGAGGAACAAGAAGAUUCAACAGAAACAGGACGCUGAGAAAACCGAUCCUAUUGUUACUGGAAAAAGAAGCUUCGACCAGAUGGACCCUCCCUCAGUCACAAGCGAAUCGAGCAAGCGUCCUAAACUUCAAGCGUUGAACAACAGCGUAAUAUCAAACACCGAGCCUCCGCAGACCAAUCCUCAUUUUCAAAAAUUUACUUGGGCCUCUGAACUUUACGCUGAGCUUCGAAAACAAUAUGCAGCCAGGAGCGAGAAGAAGACAUUUCGCUUUCGAGGUACCCACAGUAUUAUCGCGGACCCAACCAUCAACAAUAAGCGUCGGGCUCGUGCGGCGGAGCGUGAUCUCAAAACACAUAGUGGGCUCAAGUUCAAGUUGCUGGAUAGGGCAAAGCAUCGAGAGGACGACGCUUACACAAUAACUCACCGCUGCUCCUGUUUACCCACAGGCUGCAGCGGAAGCAUUGUCAUUCGCGUCUCAGACGAUCAUUCACAUCCGCUGGGCUGGUUAGGACAACGCAUCAACAUUGCGGUAAUCCAUCCCAAAUCGUGA